AUGACUCAUGAAAACGACGACAACGGAUCACGGGAUCAAUCUCAAUUUCAAGACUUGAAAGCGGUAUGGUCUCUUCUCCUGUCCAAGUAUACCAACACAUCUACGGUACUAUUUGGUGCCAUCUCAGACAGCGGCAUCCUGGAGGAAUGGAGGGCAUACGUAAACGAAGAGGCGCCUAUGGUGCAGGCAGUCUCUUUGGUUAAAGUAAGAAACUGGGAAUAUGGGGAGACGGGCUCUCAAGAUCGCUUCAACACGUUUCUCCUCGAGGAUAUUGGGCUCAAGGCCAUUGGAAGAUUGGCUCAAGUAAAGAAGCACGUCGAUCUUACCAUAGGGAUAGACUAUUCAAAGUCCCGCUUUCGGAUAUGCAUUUACAGUCCAGAGUCGUUUCUGGAUCAAGAUCAAGCAGAAUUAUUAAUGUCAUCCUUGAUCCACACGUUAAAGAGCCUGCAGUCUACACUUCAGCUAAAGUCCGUAGAUCUGCUCAGUGACUUGCACCGAUGGCAAAUUGGUAGGUGGAAUAGAGCAUCACCCACGGGAUCUUUGGGUGAUACGAUUCAUCAUUGCAUUGAGCGACAGUGUUUCAGGCGGCCCGAAGCUGAAGCCGUUUGUGCCUGGGAUGGAUCCUUGUCCUACGGGGAGCUAGAAAUCUUAUCGUCGGAGAUUUGUGAAGUUUUAUAUGCCAAUGAUGUGCUGCCUGGAAUGAUAAUUCCGUUAGUCUUUGAGAAGUCAAAGUGGACAGUUGUGGCAAUGCUGGGUGUGCUCAAAGCUGGGGCUGCUUUUGUCACCAUUGACCCUUCAUUUCCCCAAGCCCGGGUGCAGGCCAUUUGUUAUGAUGUAAAGGCCCCGUUUAUUCUUUGUUCGGCCACGCAGAAAUAUCCGACAUCGAAUUUGAACCGUGAGUUCAUUACCAUUCCAAUAAAGGACUCCGUCACCCUUUCAUCUCAAACCAAAGAGAAUUAUUUAUCGGCAUCUGAUCCUAAUCAGCCGGCUUACAUCGCAUACACCUCAGGUUCCACUGGAACCCCGAAGGGCAUUGUCAUCAGCCAUGGAAACUUCUGUACCAACAUGGCUCUUAGCAGCCCCCUGCAGAACCUAGGCGAUACCUCCCGCGUUCUACAAUUCGCGUCAUACGCAUUUGAUGUCAGCAUCCUUGAAACAUUGACUCCCCUAAUGCUAGGGGGCUCUGUAUGUAUCCCUUCGGAGUCACAGCGGGUGGACAACCUUCAGCAAGCAAUCUUAGAUCUUCGAGUGAACUGGAUAGAGCUGGUGCCUUCCGUGGCACGACUCCUUGAUUUCAACGCUAUACCUGAAGUUAAGACGCUAGUUAUUGGUGGUGAAACUAUGCGUCCUUCGGAUAUUUCCCAAUGGGCAGGGCGACUAAACCUAACCCAGGCGUAUGGUCCAGCAGAAUGUGCAGUGGUAUCGACAUUUCAAUCAAGCCUCAGCCAGGACAGUGAUCCGCGUAAUAUUGGGUAUAGUGCUGCAGGAUCGUCCUGGAUAGUUGAGCCUGAAAAUCAUUCGAAGCUUGUACCCAUUGGAGCAGUUGGAGAGCUCGUCAUUGGUGGCCCGAUAGUUGGUAAGGGAUACUUGAACCAACCAGAGCAAACGGCACAAUCAUUCAUAUCUGAUGUUCCGUGGUCAAAGAGGCCCGAAGCCUAUUAUAAAACCGGCGAUUUGGCGAGACUGAACUCCGACGGCAGCAUUGUCUACAUGGGAAGAAAGGAUACACAAGUCAAAAUUCGAGGCCAACGAGUCGAGCUUGGGGAGAUUGAGCAUCUGGCUCAGGAGAUAUGGUCUGACAUAACUCCAAUUGCUGAGGUGGUCAGAAUAGGGGACCAUGAUCCAAUCUUGGUGUUGUUCAUUGGACAGAUGACCCCGGAAUCAAACAUUAUAUUGGAUAGUGAAGAGCUGCUCAUGGAGUUCGAGGCGCAAUCUCGGGAGAAGGUGCGGAACUUACAGUCCAGUCUUCGCGAGAUACUCCCCAGAUAUAUGAUACCAGAUGUCUUCGUUCGGAUCAAAAGGUUACCAUUGAUGUCCUCUGGGAAGGUCGAUCGAAAGAUGCUGCGCAAUACUAUGUCACGCUUAUCUGACAAAGAGUUACAAUCCCUCCGGAAUAUGACGCGUUCCAGCCACAAUAGGCCGAGUGAAAGCCCUGCCGAACCAUCUGAGACUCUCCAUGGCUGUAUCGCCCAGAUGUUCUCAAAUAUAUUGGGGAUACCUCUAAACCAUGUUGAUGUCAGCGCGAACUUCUUCCAUCUUGGAGGAGAUUCAGCUCUCGCAAUUGCUUUGGUGAAUGAAGCGCGUAUUAGGCACUGUAUCAAUAUCACUGUUGCAUCUAUAUUUGACAACCCGACCGUCGCCACGUUGGCCCAAUACAUCAAGGCAUGCCCAGCAAAGCCCGAAAAUUACCAGCAAAUAUUUCCAUUCUCAUUAAUCAAUGGCGACGUGGAACAUCUUCGUGGCCUUGGUGCAAACCAAUGUGGUAUCGAUCCGGAAGCGAUCGAAGACAUUUAUCCUUGUACUCCCCUUCAGGAGCGUCUUCUGGCCUGGACUGUAAACAAACCUGGGGCUUUUCAAGCUGAUUUUGUAUUCAAACUUCCGUCAAGUAUCGACUGGGAGAAGCUACACAAUGCAUUGCGCAUGGCUAUUCGGGCUUAUCCAAUAUUGAGAACAAGGAUAUCCCUAAUUCCUGAGUUCCUUCGACUCUCCCGCGGAUUUCAAGUCGUCGUUCGGGAAGACAUAGCAUGGGCGGAUGCAACGACCAACUGUCAAAAUCAAAAUAUAAUAAUGUCCACAGGAACACCACUUUUCCACUAUACCACGGCGCAUGAGCCUAGUCCUACACUGAAACUAACCCUGCAUCAUGCGUUAUUCGACUCGUACUCCUACAGUCAGAUCGUGAAUGCCGUGGAAACCGCAUAUAACGGGACACCAGUUGUGACAUCCCCGUUUGUCCCUUUCAUUAAGUACCUCCUAAACUUGGAUGAAUUGGCCGCAAGAUCCUUUUGGGCAAAUGAGUUUGUCGAUUUGGCAGCAAUUCCGUUUCCAGCCAAUGUUCCCCCAGGCCAUAUUCCCCGAAAGGUCGAGCGGUAUGUCCAUAGCUUUUGUCUUCACAGAUGCAACGAACAUGAAAUCACUCUCUCGACUGUAUGCCGCCUCGCAUGGGCCCUCGUAGUGGCCCGCUAUACAAGAUCAUUGGAUGUCAUGUUUGGAGUAACCGUAACGGGUCGCAACAGCUCCGAAAUAGCUGGCAUUGUCGGGCCUACGAUCACCACGUUUCCCCUACGCAUCUCUAUCCACAGUGACGAGAAAGUUCAUACUAAAUUGAAACGUCUACAAAAGCAUGCUCUAGACAUGAUGCCUUACGAGCUUUUUGGGAUUCACAGAAUACGACAAUGCAGUUCUGAAGCCGUCAGUGCUAGCCAAUUCCAAAGCUUACUCAUUGUUCAGCCAACAAGGACACAUUUUCCCAAAGCACGUUCUCAUAGUCUACUGGAACUUAUGGAAGUAGAUACAUUGGAACAACAGAUUGACGCUAGUUUUGCGACUCAAGUUCUUACAAUCAUAUGCGAAUACGCAGAGGACACUAUGAAAUUACGCGGUGUGUUCGAUCCUGAAGUGGUCCAUCCCGACAAAGUCAAAGGAUACCUGCAUCAGAUGAGCAGACUUGUGAACAUGAUCCUUAGUUCGUCAUCAGAUACUGUGGGGGAUUUACUGCAGAAGGCCACCGAAUACAUCGACCCUGAGGACCUGAAUGAGGAACGCCGGGUACUUAAUGAAGUAGAACGAACGGCUCAAACGCUUCUGGGGCAAAACACUCCGCUGAGGGCAGAAUGGGUUAUUCCUAUCGAUACAAACACACCAAAACUAGCCUUAUUUGUCGGGUUUGAUGGCGGCUCAGGUGUUAACCCUUCGUGUGUCUUCAAGCUCCCGGACAAUGAUACUAGGGCCCGCUUGCAUCAGGCUAUGGCACAGCUUCAAAGCACUCUCUCGGAUGCAGUGAUGCCUUCAAUAUGCCUUCCAGUACAUGUAUCACAUGAGUCAAUUGGCUUCCCCGGCAGAGCUGAUUUGCAGAAGGAAGCAUCAAAACUGCCGUUAGAAAUUUUGGAAUCAUACAUGUCUCCUCAGGAACCCAGUGUCGUCAUGGAAAAAUUCAUCUCCAACAUACAGACAAGGUUACGCCGCAUAAUGGGCGUUGUCUUGCAUAUUGACAUAGAUGAUGUCGGUGUCCACGAGAGCUUCUUCGCCCUAGGCGGUGAUUCAAUUCUAGCAAUGCAAGUCGUUGCACAAUGCCGUGACGAGAAUAUCAAUAUCACUGCUCAGGAUAUUUUCGACGCCAAGACAAUACACCGUAUUGCCUUGAGGGCGUCUCCGGGGUCUAAAAACAAGGCUGCAGUCAUUCAGGAUAGGCCAUUUCUUCCUAAUAGAUAUCAGGACGUUGCAUCAUUGGAAGACGAUUUGAAACAGUUGAAUAAGCUACCGAGAUCUGCCAAGGUAGAGGACGUGUAUCCAUGCACUGAUCCGCACAAGGGACUGCUUCGGAAAAUGAACUCCUCGUUCCUUCUCUCUUAUACAAUCUGGGAAGUUACUGCUAACGGAGCCUUGAUUGACAUUGAACGCUUACUUUUGGCUUGGGGUUUAGUUUCUAAGCGUCAUGCUGCGCUGCGAACGGUCUUGACGGAAUUUGAUGGUAUCGAAUACCAUGUUGUUCUGGAUAAAUGCCCCACAGAAGCUAAGGCUUUACCGCAACUGAGUUCCCAUGAUCUCGCUGCCGCUCUACGCGAAUCACGCAUAGAGAUUCAGCAGAGCCAAGUUACGCCCUACAGGUGCACGGUCUACCAGUCUGAUGCUGGGCAGGUUCUUUGCAAACUUGAAGGCAGCCACGCCUUUCUUGACGCAAGCUCGGUGCUGAUUAUUCUCCAUGAACUUUCCUUGGCCUAUCGCGGAUUACCUUUCCCCACCCUAGCACCACCAUACCGCUCUUGGGUGACAUACCUUGACAGUUGGAAAAGAAAUAGUCAGCAUCUCGAUUAUUGGCGGCACAAGCUCAGUGGAUUAUCGCAAUGUCUUUGGCCAAAACAUUCCAUGGACUGCCUUUGCUGGGACAAUUGCGCUACUUCUCAGGUCCAAUGCGUAGUCAACCCACUGGUCGACACCGAGAUUCUGCAACGCUUCUGCAGCAGGUAUGAAGUGACAAUGACAAUCUUACUCCAACUAUCGUGGGCACUGGUGUUGCAAGAAUACUGCCAAUCAAACGACGUCUGUUUUGGCACGACUAUGUCAGGACGCGAUGCACCGGUUGAUGGAGUUCAGGACAUGGUCGGUUCAAUCUUCAAUGUUCUUCCACGUCGGUUUCGUCUGAUCGCAGGGUCCUCUUUCUUAGAGACACUUGAGUGGAGCCAGAAAAACACCCUUGAGGACAAGUCACACCAGUUCUGCUCACUCGUGGACCUUGAGAAUCUAUUGCUACCAGGAAACCAGAAUCAACCACUGUUCAAUACAUGUUUUUCAGUGGAGAGCGCAUUGUCCAAUGGUACAGGAAAGCUUUCCUUUCGACCGAUAGAGACGCAUGAAGAGACACAUAUAUGUACAUGGGCCAUAGAACUUUUAGCAAGACAAUGCUGA